CGACAAUCACUACUCCAAGGGCGAGUGAAAAGAACAAUCAUGUCAGAGGGUGCAGGCCGCCCCAACAGCACCAUAUAUGUUGGAGGCUUGGACACUACACUGGUAACGGCAGCCACACUUUCCGAGGCCUUUAUUCCAUUUGGCGAAAUUUCUGAUAUCAGUCUCCCCAAACCGGAAGCACCAUCAUCGACAGAGCUCCAUCGGGGAUUUGGUUAUGUGGAAUUCGAAGACCCGCAAGAUGCUAAAGAGGCAAUCGAUAACAUGGACCAGAGUGAAUUGUACGGGCGAGUGAUCAAGGUUGCGAUGGCGAAGCCCGACAAACGAGAGACCGGAGAGGUUGGUCUUGGUAGCAUGACUGCUAUUUGGGAGCAGGAAGGUUAUCUGGCCAAGUACAAUGAUGCGGCAAACGAGGACCGAGCGGCGGUAGAACAGUCGAAAGGCGACAAGACAGCAGAUCCAAUGCAUGGUUUGGAAGGUUUGGACGUUGCAGGACCAAAGCCCGAGUGAGAAAGGCCAUUACAAUUACCAAAGACCCACGAAUACGAGUAGGACUGAGGUAGUCCAUUCUUGUGCAUGACCAUCAUCCAAGCUGAAGCUGUUGCUCACUCCGCAAUUGAUGGAAUGACGAGGCUCAAAUACCAUAAUACUGAUUGGUCAAAUCGACGGCCAACAGGACCGCACUCUGGAAUUAUCGCAAGAAGGUGAUCGUGCGGAUGGCAGCGAGAAGGCCCCAAAAGACUUGUUGGGAUGGGGGAUUAGUGAUGACUCGCGCAAGCAACCUCUAGGUCUCGCGCAUUUUCAUCGUAAUUGAGAGCAGCCAGGUCACAAACAAGACAUGAGGAACAGUUGAAAUUGAUUGAUACCUAUGUACACAUUUGCAGAUUGGCAAUUUCUUGCAUUCCAAUAUGAUGGUUUGCUCGGCAGUCUGAGGAUUCGAAACCACUGAUUUGAUGCAUACAAA